AUGGGAGAGAGUGAGACAGGAGGUGGUGUUGAGAGGAUAAGAGGGAAUGAGGGAGGAAGGGGAAAAGAAGAAGUAGAUGAGACGAUAGGAGAUGGUGAGAUAUUGCAUGUUCGAAGUAUAUGUAUGUCAUGAUCUAUAUAGUCUCUAGUAUCGUGUCAUCUGUCUAUGUCGUCUCGUGAUUCUGAUCUCUAGGUGAUGUAUGCGAGCAGGUGAUAGAUCGUAUCGAUGAGCGUCUGCGAUAGGAAGAUGGUAGAGAGGAGUCUCGCUAUAUAGAGUAUUAUCGCUCGGAUCUAGUAAUCUCUCGCUUCUCUCUCUCUCUCUUUUCUUCUCUCCUCUCUCUCUCCUCUCUCUAUCUCUUUCUCUCUUUCUCUCUCUCUCUGGAGGUGUUUUAUACAAGGUUCAUGCUGGUUCUCCUAUAACCUGACCACCCAAAUACUAAGAGGAGAGAAUGUGGACUCUUAGCCAGAGUCAGUGAAGGAGAGGGAGAUACCCACUGGGCACAGACGUCAAUUCAACGUCUAUUCCACGUUGGUUCAACUUAAUUUCAUUAAAAUGAUGUGGAAACAACGUUGAUUCAACCAGUGUGUGCCCAGUGGGUAGGAUGUCUGAGUGGAACAGAGAGGUAGAGAAAGCAUUGGUACAGUAGGUAGGACAUUUGUUAGAAAGAGGAGGUUGCGUAAACUAUGCAUAGAUACGGUAAGUAUGUUAUAGUCCCAUGAAUAUUUGAGUUGUGCUGACCUAGAUCUGAUCUUGCCCACAUUGAGUUUGGGUCAGUGCCUUACAUGAUAACAUACUCUAUGUGACAUUCAAAUAAUGUUUUAUUGUACACUAUCAGCACUUUUUUCCAAUUAACAUUCCUUAUCCCUUUAAUUAAUCAUAAAGCAAGACAUUCUUUUCUUCACAAUUACUUUCUCAUCACCAAUCGACCCAGUUGGAAAUGUAAUUGUAUAAUUAAUUUUGUGCAUUAGGCCAUGGUCUAUAAGUGAAUGGUGUCUCAUGGAGAAAAAUAAUAAAUUGCUUUCCAGACCAGAAGAAGUAUCCAAUAGAACCUUUUAAGGUAGUCAAUUAGGACUGGAAUGAUCUCUUUUUCAUUUACUUUCUUUCCUUCCUUCCUUCCUCACACACACACACACACACACACACACACACACACACACACACACACACACACACACACACACACACACACACACACACACACACACACUAUUACUAUGGUACACCCAGAGGCCAGGUAGAUGUAAAAAUCAAUAGAAACAGGGUGAUUGAAUUGAGCUGUAUGUUCAACAGUGCUGAUUGAUCUGUUAAACUGGACCAGGGCUCCUGCCCUGACUCACUUUCUCUGUCUGGCUGGGCCGUUCGAUGGGCUUCUAUAAAGAAUUUACCUGACCUCCUCCAGGCUUGGCAGGGGGAAGAGUAGUGUUAUGUUGACAUGACAUAAUAACCAUCUAUCUAAUCAUCUGUGGCUGAGGAACACAACACGCAUACUGUGUUGGAUUGUGACUGGUGGGAUUUUAUUGCUUCCAUCAGGCUUUGAAUCUAACAUGUUAUUUUAUCUCCACCUCUGUUUGUCACCCCCCUCUCUCUCAUGCUCCCCCCUCUUUCUUUUAUACCCCACCCCUCUAUCUCUCUCUUUCUUCUCCUCCUCUCUCCUCUCUCUCCUCCUCCCUCCAGAGGUGGACUCGCUGCGUAUCCUACUCUACUCGGUCAUCUUCCUCCUCAGUGUGUUGGGAAACCUGCUCAUCAUUGUGGUCUUGACGGUCAACAAGCGCAUGAGGACGGUAACCAACUCCUUCCUGCUGUCCCUGGCGGUCAGCGACCUGAUGAUGGCCAUCUUCUGCAUGCCCUUCACCCUCAUCCCCAACCUCCUGGAGGACUUCAUCUUCGGACCCGCCAUGUGCAAGAUAGUGGCCUACCUCAUGGGUAAGAAAGGGGGACGGGAAAUGUUGAGGGAGGGUGUGGGAAAUAUCGAGGCUGGAGAAAAUAUUGAGUUAGAUGGAGAGAGUGAGUGAUGGAGGUAUAGCGAGAAUAAACAAGAGUGAUAGAGAUGGGAUGGAUUUCUGUCCCACUCAUUCAGCGUCUUGCUCAAACUCUCUGUUAUGCUCUAAGUAUAAAUCCAAAACCUAGGCCUACUCUGCUCAUCAACCAGAGCCUUCUCCAACCAUAUGACCGUGAACUAUACCCCGGUUAGCAUGAAAAAGGAAUGUAGCAACAGUACUGUAUGCAUGGGUCUCUGGUCUUCAGGGAAUUUUGGGUCUCAUUAAGGAUUUUCAAGCUUCCCUGCACAUUAGAAUGAAUGCCUAUGCUCAGCGAACAAUAGAAGAUUGAGAAGGUAAAGGGUAGAGUAUAACAGAGGUGUUAGAAGAGACCAUUUGCACCCAGCGGCAUGGAAGGAAUUAUUAGAAAGAGAAGCAUCAUUAGGAUACAUUGAGAGAGAAAGUGGGUAAAGGGUAGGCUCUGGGAAUCUGCUGUUGGCUGAUCGUUGUUGUCUUCUGCUGACCAUGCUCUUCAGCUGCUCCCUAGGGUCCCCACAGAAUAGCACAGCACAGGACCCUACACAGACCUGCAUACAGGACCCUACACAGACCUGCACACAGGACCCCACACAGACCUGCACACAGGACCCCACACAAACCUGCACACAGGACCCCACACAGACCUGCACACAGGACCCCACAAAGAACUGCACACAGGACACCACACAGACCUUCACACAGACAAACAUAGUAUAUCACACAUGGAUGCACACACACAAGUAUGCAGGCUCACAGGCAUGCACGCACACACACACACACAGGCAUGCACACACACACACACACACACACACACACACACACACACACACACACACACACACACACAGUCUUGUACAUCUAACCUUGUGGGGACACACAAUUCAGUCCCAUUCAAAAUCCUAUUUUCCCUAACCUGUACCCUUACCCUAACCCUAAACCUAACCUUAACCCGGAAAUCUAACCUUAAACCUAAUCCUAACCCUAACCCCAGCUCCUAACCUUAACCCUAAACCCCCUAGAAAUAGCAUUUGACCUUGUGGGGACUAACAAAAUGUUAUUUUUUUUUAAAACACGUCCACACACGCACACACACGCACAAACACACACACACACACACACACACACACACACACACACACACACACACAAAUAAUCACAAUCACAAUCUCAUGUCAUGUUUAUGUUCCAGCUAGCAGGAGGAUAUGGAUUAAUUUCCCUUCUCCAGUCUGGGGGCUGAGGGGCAGGAUCAGAUCAGGAGCUUCAGGCCAAUGUGAUUUCCUCAAACACCAGAUAGCCAUCUCCCUCAGGCCAUCUCUAUCUAGCCAACGUCUCCCAUUCAUGUUUUACUAACACAUCCACACAUCCUUAAAAACACAUAUUCACUUAGAAGUCCACAGCGCAUACUGAUCUCUGAUUCAUAAAUUGUAGUUCGUCACAUUUAAUCUGAUCCCUGAUGGUUUGAAAAGUUUGAACCUUUCAAGACUUAAACUUAUCUAAGUCUUUCGUAUCUUCACUUAAGAGAGAACUUUGUAAAUAAUCAAAACUCUUAAAAGUGUUUGUUAGCUAGUUUCUUUUUUCCUUAUUUUCCAACAGGUGUAUCCGUGAGCAUCUCCACCUUCAGCCUGGUUGCCAUAGCAAUUGAGCGCUACAGCGCCAUCUGCAACCCGCUAAAGUCACGGGCGUGGCAGACCCGUUCCCAUGCCUACCGGGUGAUCACCGCCACCUGGCUGCUGUCCUUCAUGAUCAUGAGUCCCUACCCGGUGUUCAGCCACUUGGUCCAUGUCCCCCUGAAGGACAACAUCACCAUCGCACGCAUGUGUCGCCAUAUCUGGCCCCACAGGGAGGUGGAGCAGACCUGGUGAGUGUGUGUGUGUAGGGUGGGGAGUGUUGGUGUGGGUGACUGGGUGUGUGUGUGUGGCUGGAUGGAUGGGUGCAUACUCAUACUCAUCUUACUUUUUGCUUACUACUGUUUUCCUAAUACUUAAUUUUAUCGGGUUUGGAUGGAACUGUAAUGACAAAAAAAAGGAACAUCUGCCUACACGUAUAAAUUGUAUUGAUAAUACGGCAAUAUUGUGUUUGUAUACAAAGUAGAAUAUAAACACAUCACUAAAAUGGUCGCAACAGCAAAAAAAUUAAACUUGUUCUCCAGCUGACCAUUUCCCACCAGAGAAGUCAUUAAUCUGUCAUUGUAGUAGCAGUGCAUCCCAGGUCACCGGGUGCAUUGUGGAUGACUGUAGGGCUCCUCUGGGGGAGGAAUUAGACACAGCCUGUGUAGAAGGUGUACUGCUGCUCUCUCAUUAUUAUUUCAUAUUUGUAGCCUACUGCCAUGACCCCUUAUUGGUGGAGUGGAGCCCUGUGAGAAAAAUACACUUGAGGCUUUCCAGUCUACAGAAAACAACAGCUAUAGUCCAGUGGAGGCUCCUCAGAGGAGGAAGGGGAGGACCAUCCGCAGUGAAGUUCAUAAAAAAUAAAAAUAGUGAAACAUUAAAAAGUUUUGCAAUGAAGGUUGCCUCAGCAGCACUCUGCAGGACAGCUAGCUUCCGUCCUCCUCUGGGUACAUUGACUACAAUACAAAACCUUGGAGGCUUAUGGUUCUCACCCCCUUCCAUAGACUUACACAGUAAUUAUGACAACUUCCGGAGGACACCCUCCAACCUAUCAGAGCUCUUGUAGCAUGAACUGACAUGUUGUCCUACUCAAACAGAGGGAUACUAUGUUAGCUAGCUGGCUAUGACUAUCCAACACUGGAACUCUUCCAAGUCAAGGUAAGCUUUUGGUUUGACUAAUUUAUUGCCUGCCGGUGUAACUGCUAAACUGCUUACUGACUGGACACUGUACUGCGUGAUUGUAGCGGGUUUACUAAUGCGUUAGUUCUAUUAUAUAUGUUGUCUAUGACGUUACUUUAGCCAAUAUGGUGACAACAAUGUAGGCUGUCUGUAGCGGUUAUGAUAUGAAGGUUUGAUUUUGGAAAAGUUUUUUCGCCUGGUCACAGACAGCUGAUGUGUUGUGUAUUGGAGUCCACAACCGAAGGGAAAAGGUGAGAGGAGGAGAGCACGUAGAUGCGAUAAGGAAUACAACGAGCUGUUUGUGUGGCUAUGAAAGUGAACUAUUUGCGUGUGAUCAGGGGUGUAUUCAUUCCGCUGAUUCUGUUGAAAAACGUUUCUUAAACGGAACGAAACGGGGAUAAACAUUCCUGAAUGUGUCCAAUAGAAACUCUCGUUUGCAACUGUUGGACUAAUGAUUACACCCUAGAUCAGCUAGAUUCAAGCAAGAGUGUGCAAGGCGGUAUUGAAUGUGUCACUGUAUGUCGAUGUGUCACUGUCUGUCCCCUCAAAUCUUUCUCUCGACCUGUGUGCACUUACGCUGUAAACUUUCAUUCAUAGGCUAGGUUCUAGUAACCUCAUGAUGGGUAUAGGGAAAAGUUGAGUAUCAUCGAUGUUAUAUUGAACUUGGUUAAUGGAAUAUGAAUGACAGUCAUCCAAUAUGCUGUAAUAGAAAUACAAUGUUAACUUGUUAAGUGUGUUCUGUCUUCCAUUGUGUGUUCACAUCCAGUGCUGUCAUUCACAGGGCUCUCUUGGGUUCCUCUCCAACCUCUCUGUUGUCAGACAUCCAUUUUAAAUCACUAUUAAGAUGAAUCAAAUGCACAAAAUGUACUCUUUACCUUCUCUUCCACUCAGGCUUUAAUUCUGAGUUACAAAGGCUAGAACACUAGGAACCAAAAAUAAGAAAAAUUAUUCCAAUGGAAAAUGCAUGCAAAUCAAAUGAUUCUAAACUGCUACAGGCUCUCUUAUGAUUGAAGAAUAUUGUUAUAAUGGCCGUGUGUCACGACUUCCUCCGAAGCUGCCUCCUUUCCUUGUUCAGGCAGGCUUCGGCGUUCGUCGUCACCGGCCUUCUAGCCACUGCCACUCCUCAUCUCAUCAUUCAUUUGUUUUGUCUUGUUUUUACACACACCUGGUUCAUAUCCCCUCAUCAAUACCUGUAUAAGUAUUCCCUCUGCCCCCCUGUCUUUGUGUGUGAUUGUUUCUUGUGGAGGUGACGAUAGCUCGGUGGAGCUUUAUGUAUUGUAUCGCCGGGAUAUUCACCAAUGUGUUUUGUUUUUCUCCAGUGCGCCGUUAUACCGCACUGUAGUGUUUUUACGCAUUGCUGCGUAGCGCUGUAUCUGCCGAAUAAACCAUUUAUACAGUGAUUCACCCUCCUGCGCCUGACUCUGUCCAAAUCACCCACGACACCGUGGUAACUCUACAAAGGAAAACCCAUAUUUAUUUCAAUGAGCUAUUAAGGCUUUCCCCAAAGCGGUAGUUUAAUUCCAACAAUUCCCAUUCCUAAUUCACCAGAUCAAUGUUUCUAGGAAUAUGUAGCCUUGGUUUUGGCACUAUUACUUGUAUUCUAAAAUUGUAUUUAGUCACUAGUAUUGAUUGUACCCGUUUUAAGGCUUUUAUUGUGAAGCACUUAAUUAUUCCCAGAGUCAAGGAGAAGGAGCUUUAAUGUCGAUGUGGUUCUUGGCUGUUCUUGUGACGGAGAACUAAUACAAGACAAAGUACUAUAUCCGUUGUAACCUGUGAGUUAUUUUAUUCUAAGUCCCACAUGUCCUCCGGAGAUAGAGUAUAAUAUUCACAAUCAAGACAUUAAGUUUACAAAUGUAUUUAGACUCCCUCUUUCCACAUAUUUUGUCCUUCAUGAUGACAAUUGGUUGGAAUGGAUAGUAUAAGAAACAACAUUGUUGUGGAAUGUAGCUAUGUCUUCUAUAGUGGUAGGGUAGUAACCAAUGUUCCCUCAAAUCUUUUUUGGCACUGAGCAAAUUUCAGGUCUACUGAGCGCAAACUUGAAUGUUGUGAAAAGUCUGUGCAACUUCUGACACAUGUUUAUUGUGAACACUGAGGCUGUACCCGCUUUAAGUUACAGUUAUAACAGUGGCUAAGUAGGCUACUGUGGCUAUUUGAUCAUAAUGUAGGCCUACCAUAAAAAGCAAUGGCGAAAAUGGAAAUAGCUGUUACAUGGAAAUAGCUGUUCUAUCAUUCAGCCUACAGUAGCAGCCAAUGUGUGGUGUUCAAUGUAGGCCUACAUUCCAUGCAAUUUUUGGAACAAAUAUGCAGGUGUUGACAUUAACCUGUUUAGCCACAUGUCCUUCAGACAAGGAGGUGACUGAAAAUGUGUUGUUUAAUGCAAGAAACCCCUUUACAAAAUAAAGCUCAUUGUUAUUCCCAUACCAUUAUUACAGAGAAUCAGACAAAUUAUGCUACCCUCUGCCUAUUGGCUACUUAGCUUGUUCAAGCCUGUCUCAAAAUACAACCCUGCCCCUUUAUGACAGAAAAAAUGCUCUUUACCUGACUCACUUUUCAAAGAUGGCUAGAAAUGCACACGUUUUGUGUUGUUGUAGGAAGCAACCACUCCUCCAUUGCUGACUAGAAAUUAGCUAUAACUGGGCUAAUAACUCACUUACUAGCAAAGAAUAUGAACAAAUGUGCACACAUGGCUAUAUGCAGCUCUCACUUUGAUUUCAAGUGCAUCUACUCGCGACCACUCAUGCUUUAAACACAGUCCAGUUCAAAGUGAAUGGCACAGAUCCAUAUAUGGCAAUGGUCUAUUUGCAUAUAGGGAUACUGCAUCUCUGAUUGGUUAUGCCGCACAGGUCUGUAGAGUACGGGCUGAGUUGUGCCUGUCAAUGCAAUAGAAUUCUACUCUGGUGCAUUCUACCUACAAGAAAAUAUCUUGCAUAGUUAGUUUUGCAUACUAAGUCUUGCAUAGUUCGUGUUGUUUCGGUAUGUUGCAUUGAAAGUGGCUAAUAUUGGCUAUUCCCACAGUAGAGGGAAACAUUGAUAGUGUUAACUAAAGAGGAAAACUAGAAAGUUGAGUGAAGUUCAAUCUCGUGCUUCUCUGCACGGGCUGUUAUUUUUUCUGCAUGGCAGUCCCAGGGGAGCUGCACGCCCGCACACUCGCACAGCUUAGAGGGAACAUUGGUAGUAACCAUUAUGUCAUGUCUCCACCGGUUGAACCACAGAAAAUAUAUUUGAGAACGGAAGAUACCUCACUCUGUUUUCUCCUUACCCAAUGUCUAAUGGACUUCCUCUGCCUAAUCUCUUUCUGGAAGUCUCCCGUGAGCGAGCCCUCUUCUUUUAUACAUCUAUCAGUACCCCUUGUGGAAGCUGGCCUCAGGCACAGAUGUAUGAUCAGUUUAUCCUCCAAAUGUCCUAACCUAAUCAUUAGAGGGGUAAGGCACAACUGACUUGUUAACCCCAGUUCCUGUGUGUGUCCCAGGAACAUGAUGUUGCUGCUUACGCUCUUUGUUGUUCCGGGGGUGGUGAUGAUCGUGGCUUAUGGACUUAUCUCCAGAGAGCUGUACCGGGGAAUCCAGUUUGAGCUGGGUCAGAAGUCAUCAUCCCCCGGUGAGUCCUUCAUUACUGUUAUUUAAUUAUUCACACAUUUAUUCACUUAUUUUAGCAGCUGGGUUAGUGAGAAGACAUUAGAAUGCGGAAUUGGCAUGAACAACAAAUGUUUGAAUUUUAGUAAUGAAAAAAUGUGCGUAUCUUCUAGUUUCUGCCCAUUAGUGCUUCCCAGAUGUUUUAAUUAGGAUCCAGAUUAUCUUGGAUUUGAGCGCUCGCUCUCUCGCUCUCUCUCUCUCUGGUUUAUCAGCAUGAUAAUCCUAAUUAUGGUCACACAGUAUCAACAUUUCAUUAGCAGUACAAUCAUGGUAGGUGUUGCAGGUUAGAGCAACAUACUCUUUAGUCCGUAUGAAAGGGCCUGAUUCAGACUUAGACAAUCAAAUCCUUUUUUACGUGUUUUGAUUUAAGCACUUCUCAGAAGUUGGUAUUCAGAUUUACCGUAUGCAGGUGCGUAACUGGCUUUGCAGGAAUGGCUCCAUGGCACGCACUGAAUUAAUUGAAUUCAACUGCUGAAAACUCUCCCACUUUCUGGCCAACAUAUUUUCUCGUGGAGUUUUCUUUCAACAGGGUUUUCAGUACAUUUACUGUAUCUAAAGCCAUUCCUUUAAAUAUGGUGUACCUUUUAAUUAGAAUUUUUACGUUAGAAUUUUCUAGACAGACUCACUAGAAUAUAUAUCGAGAGAACGGGUUCAGAUUAGGAUCAAUGAAAGAAAACCAUCUAAAUACACGCAUAUUCAUCUCCUUUUCAGUACCAAUUGGUAGAUUUAAAAAUAUUUUGAUCUUGUAUAUUAUUUAGGGUUAGGAAAGUAUUUAUGAAUAAUAAUAAAAAAACUGGUUUGGAGAGCCUUUACACACAAAAUAUAUUGAUGAAUAAAAAAUACAUCCUGAAAGUAACCAUAUUCAAUUGUUCAAUCCAUAAAAUAUUGGAAAGUGAGAAAAGUGUACAAUAGUGGUUGACCAGUAGUCCUAUAAAUCUACCUUAAUAAUCCUCAUUAACCAUGGAACUGUGAUGACAACUGUUCAGUCUUCAUGAACUGUGCGCCAGGCUCCAGGUUUAAACUGCUACGUAUGGUCUACAUUCCAAAAUGAUUCAAAUAGGUUACAUGUUCCAAGUGAUUGCACAACUUGUAAUCCGUUAGCCUAAUAUGAUCAACUAUUGUUAGCAAUCCUCAGGAACAACCACACAAAUGUGACAGAGGAAAGAAAGGUAAACUAACAAUGGAAUGGAAUGAUGCAAAAUGUAAGGAAACUAACACUAAAGUGACAGUUAUUAAUGUAUGUUGGUAUAAAUGAAGGUGGCUACCGAUAGUGGCUAAUAUUUAACAUAAUACAAAAUUUAAGAAAUACAGUGAAAAGUCCGGGAAUAUAAUACAAAUAUUAUAGAAAUCAUAAAUCAUCUCGGUAGGUUGGCACUAUACUGUCAUUUGCGCAUGGCUACAGAAGCCUAUAGCUUGGGUCUCCACAUUUCACAAGUUAUAAGGCCAGCAUUUCAUAAACUUCACUGUGGAAAAGGUGAGAUGUUGAUAUGCUUCAGUUUGCUGCUAGGUAACUGGUUUCACAUUUGUCUCCAGCGAUCAUAAGAUAAAAUAGAUAAAACAAUUGUCCUUUACAUUUACAAUCCCCUUAUCCAAACGGCUUACUAAUUGACCUAGCUCUUAUCAAUAGCUCGUAUCAAUUUGUAAAUUACAGUGCAUGGAGAAUGUUGUUAUUUCAAUCGUAAAAAAUAAAGUAGAUGUUGUUCCACUUGGAACCGACAGGUUUCUUGACCUUAUUCAUCUUUUACCAUCGCUGGCAAAGGUGGUGGAUUUAUUGGAGAAUUAAGUCAAGGCCAGAAUAUGGCGUAUCUAUAGACGCACCUCCGCCACACCUUAAUUUCUUUGAUCUCCACCCAAAACGAAUAGUGGGUGAAUAGCAUGCUAUUCUCGUGCUUCAGUUCAACGUCAGAAUACGCAUAGAGGGAAAGGUGCAUAAAAAGGGAAUUAUGUUCCAUUUAAGCGUGCUUAACUCGGGUCGGAAUCGGACCCUAAGUGAAUAGCUAGGAUGAUCAUAGAGCAUAGACUAAUGUUGUACUGGUUGUAGUGGUCCUCUGUAGCUCAGCUGGUAGAGCACGGCGCUUGUAACGCCAAGGUAGUGGGUUCGAUCCCCGGGACCACCCAUACACAAAAAUGUAUGCACGCAUGACUGUAAGUCGCUUUGGAUAAAAGCGUCUGCUAAACGGCAUAUUAUUAUUAUUAUUAUUAUUAUUAUUAUUAUUAUUAUCAAAUAUGUAGAGUGUAUUUGCUGCUGAUGCUCCAUUAGAGGAUGGAACUGGCUGAUGGCAGUAGGCCUCGCCUUCACCAUCUGUCUGUCCAAUAUGAGAGAGUGAGGGACAGGGGGGGAUGGAGAGAAACAGGUGGGUAGUGAUAUAGAGAAAGAGAUAAUGUGAAGGCACGUUAGCACUCAGAUGUAAGAUGACUCAGGUUUUUUGGUGAUUCACCGCCGUGCCCAUUAAGGUGAGCGACUGUUUUUAAGAGGUGUGAUUCACAGAAAUAAUUAUCAGACACGGAAGAGAAGAAACCUUGUACAGGUGAAAAGUACAGAUAAGCAGGGGAUGUGAGUUUGUGUUUGUGUGUGUGUGUGUAUGUGUGUGUGCAUCAUCAAUUCAGAUGUAUGAAAUGUUGAAUGGAUCAUAAACUUUUGUGAACUUCUGAAAUGAUUAGUUACGGAACGUAAUUGGUCUGACCCCUCCCCACAGUUUUGGACCUCAACUUGACCUCUUCUUUGCUCGCCCCUUACACAGGUCUAAAGAAUGGCCUGACCGCCACUGUGUCUUGCGGCAGGGACGACGGCGAUGGUUGCUACGUCCAGGUCUCCAAGCGUCCACACUCCAUGGAGAUGUCCGCUCUGACAUCAUCUAUGGGGAGCUCUUCCAAAGUGGAGCGUGCCCGCAGCAACACCUCAGAGGCCAAGCUCCUGGCCAAGAAGCGUGUGAUCCGGAUGCUGGUGGUGAUCGUGGCUCUGUUCUUCCUGUGCUGGAUGCCCCUCUACUGCGCCAACACCUGGAAGGCUUUCCACCCAGCCUCUGCACACCGUGCCCUCUCUGGUGCCCCCAUCUCCUUCAUCCACCUUCUGUCCUACACCUCGGCCUGUGUUAACCCUAUUAUCUACUGCUUCAUGAACACUCGCUUCCGCAAGGCGCUGCUCGCCACCUUCGCCUGCUGCUGCCGCCCGCCCUGCCGACACCAAGGGCUGCGGGAUGGAGAGGAGGACGCCAUGGCUAUUGGGGUGUCCAUGUCCAGGUUUAGUUACACCACGGUCAGCACCAUGGGGCGUGCUGAAGGAGGGACCACUGACUGA